CAAGGUUCUCAAAGACAAUCUUAGGAGCUGCAUGUGCUUCCUCGAUAAGACAUCUAGCGCCAACCUCUUAGCAACGAUCAACCUACCUAGAACAUACACCAAGUAUGACCCAGUAAUAGUACGUCAAGUACUAUUAUCAUAUCUGCGAAAGGGAUCUCACGAGCCUUCGGGCUGUGCAUCAUCAACAUGCCUCCAUCAGUGACUGUGGUUACGAAGCUGAAAGUACAGCUGAAGCUGUCUAUCGCGCGGCUACGAAUGGUACAACAACGUGACGAACAAAUGGGCAAGACGGCGCGAAGAUCAAUGGCUCAAUUGUUAGAUGCUGGCAAAAUCGAUUCGGCACGGAUAAGAGUCGAGAACAUUAUUCGAUCGGACAUUACCACAGAACUCCACGAGAUCCUAGAACUAUACUGCGAAUUGCUUUUGGCACGUGCUGGGCUUCUAGAAGGUCAUACCUGUGAUCCUGGAUUGGAGGAAGCGGCGAAGAGUAUCAUAUACGCUGCUCCGAAGACAGAGAUUAAGGAAUUACAACAAGUGCGUGCUCUCCUUGCGGAGAAGUAUGGCAAAGAAUUCGUACUGUCUGCUAUGGAGAACACGGAUCAGAAAGUAUCUGAAAAGGUCAUAAAGAAGCUCAGUGUUACACCACCUCGAGAGGAACUUGUCCAGGGGUAUCUAGAAGAGAUCGCUAGGGCAUACGGGGUCGAUUGGCCAAAGCGACCUAAAGAUUUAGGCGACCCCCCAGAGUAUGUGGACAAUGAUGUGGGCAAUGAUGCGGAUGAUAGCCCAAGUGGUGACCAAGCGCAGAAGGGUCCCGAGUCACCCCUUCCUGCCGAUAGUAAAGCCGCCCAAGAAAGAGAAGCCUUAAGUCGGGAGACACCUCCACGAUCCUUAGGACAGAAUUCUCCUUUACACAUCAAUUUGCCAAGUCCUACAACAGACAAUCCUCGUCCAAAAGUCACUCUAAACUCAGUGGAACUAAAACCUAGUCAGAAAAUGGUUGAUGCUGGUAUAGCAAAGAAGAGUGACGACAAGAAUAGCGGAACAAGUGUCGACGAACUAGCAGCCCGUUUUGCUGCUUUGAAGCGGUAACCUGCUUGGCCUUACUGUGAUGAUUGGAAGAUGGAUAUUAUCUACGUAUCAAAGUACUAGUAUGGAACAGUACCGCUCUUUGUUUAGCUAGCGUGCUUAUGAGUUUCAAUAUUAUUUCAACACUUGUUAAGUCUACUACCAGACUCAAAAUUCUACCUACUUACAUAUAACAAUAUCUCGUCAAGCCUCAGCACACCUACGGUGUCUCCUAUGCAUGUUCAUACAUCUACCCAAGUAAUAAUCAAUUGCCUAUCGUUCACAAUG